GAGGGACCCCCGUGGCCCGGCGGGGGGAGACCCCUGGCAGGGGCUGGGAGACGGGCGGGCAGCAGGGCCCGGGGAGUGAGGGGGCCGGGGCGGGGACCCGGGGGCUCAGGAUGUUCCCGCAUGGACGGCACCCGCCCCUGCUCCAGCCCGAGCAGCCCUUUAAGUUCUCGGUCCUGGAAAUCUGCGACCGCAUCAAGGAGGAAUUUCAGUUCCUGCAGGCGCAGUACCACAGUUUGAAGUUGGAAUGUGAGAAGCUGAUGAGUGAGAAGACAGAGAUGCAGAGACAUUAUGUCAUGUACUAUGAGAUGUCCUAUGGCCUGAACAUCGAAAUGCACAAGCAGGCAGAGAUUGUCAAGAGACUGAGUGCCAUCUGUGCCCAGAUUAUCCCCUUUCUGACACAGGAGCACCAGCAGCAGGUCCUGCAGGCGGUGGAGCGGGCCAAGCAGGUGACCAUGGGAGAGCUCAACAGCAUCGUUGGACAGCAGCAGCUUCAGCACCUCUCCCACCAUGCAUCCCCGCUCCUGCUGACACCCCACUCCUCCAGCAUGCAACCUUCUAGCUUGAGCGGGGCCAGUGGCACCUUGGGGCUCCUGACCGUCUCGGGGGCACUGUUGGCACAGUCUCAGCUGGCCACCAAGGAAGACAGAGUGGCCCAGGAUGGGGAGAACAAAGAACGCGCCCCAAGCCGGAGCAUUUCUUGUUCCCCCCCUGAGCGCCUGCAGGAUGAGGAGCGGAUGGGCCUGAAGCGGAAACGGGAGGAGAAGAACCUGCCUGGGCAUUCUGAUAGUGAUGGGGACAAGAGCGAUUACAACCUCGUGGUGGAUGAGACGUUUUCUGCCCCCAGGACCCCACCUCGGAGCCCGGCAGCCCUGGCUGCUCACCCAGCAGCCGGCUGGCACCAGUUCGUGGGGAGAUGCCGAGCCCGGCCUGCACCUCCUCCAGUGGGAGCACAACACCCCUCGGGCCAAAGGGCCAGUGUCCGGCAGUUUCAAGGCCACACGGAUGGUGCCAGCUGCAUCGACAUCUCCAAUGAUGGCACCAAGCUGUGGACAGGGGGGCUGGACAACACUGUGCGCUGCUGGGACCUGCGGGAGGGGCGGCAGCUGCAGCAGCACGACUUCAGCUCCCAGAUCUUCUCCCUGGGGUACUGCCCAACAGGAGAGUGGCUGGCGGUGGGGAUGGAGAGCAGCAACGUGGAGAUCCUGCACGUCACCAAACCUGACAAGUACCAGUUACACCUCCACGAGAGCUGUGUCCUCUCCCUCAGAUUUGCCUCCUGUGGGAAGUGGUUUGUGACCACAGGGAAGGACAACCUUGUCAAUGCCUGGCGGGCACCCUACGGAGCCAGCAUCUUCCAGGUGCAGGGCAGGCAUUUGUACAGGGGGAUGACGGUGGAUCCAGCCACCAGCCCUGCCCUUACCUCCUGUCUCUCUCACUCUCAGUCUAAGGAGUCUGCCUCAGUCCUGAGCUGUGACAUCUCUGUCAAUGACAAAUUCAUCGUUAUGGGAUCUGGUGACAAAAAGGCCACUGUGUACAAGGUGGUCUGUUGAAGCCCCAUCACCAUCCCUCCUCCACCAAGGAAGGGGCCUGUCCUUGUCCAAAGCCACCAGGGCUCACAGAGGCCUCCAGUGCUGGACCUGCCGUUCCACAGCCCUGAUUUCCCUCCUCCUUUGCUUUCAGACACCAAACCAAGGCCCUGGCCUAACUCCCUGCCCCAGUUAAUGCAUGAUGGUUGGAGGUGAGGGCUCAAGGGGGCCUGGCAUCCCCCAAGGCAUAGGGCUGGGCUGUGUGUCCUGGGACCUGUCUGUACCUCAGACUGGCUGCAUGGGGAGCUGAUCAAGGCCAGUACCACCUGAAUAUGUCUUGAAUUACUGCUACUGAUUUAAUGGGAACCAUUUUCUGCUGGAGAAA